AUGGCCAAGGAACAAUUGCAGGUGCUUAAUGCACUGGACAGUGCAAAAACACAAUGGUAUCAUUUCACCGCAAUUGUGAUUGCUGGAAUGGGCUUCUUCACUGAUGCAUAUGACCUCUUCUGCAUAUCCCUUGUCACCAAAUUGCUUGGCCGCAUAUACUAUCACGUCGAAGGCUCAGCAAAGCCUGGCUCAUUGCCUCCAAAUGUAUCAGCUGCUGUCAAUGGUGUGGCACUUUGUGGCACAUUGGCAGGGCAAGUCUUCUUUGGUUGGCUUGGUGACAAAUUGGGAAGAAAGAAAGUCUAUGGCAUGACUCUUAUGCUCAUGGUCAUCUGCUCCGUUGCUUCCGGGCUCUCCUUUGGGCACACCCCAAAAUCUGUAGUUUCGACGCUUUGCUUCUUCCGUUUCUGGCUUGGGUUUGGCAUUGGUGGUGACUACCCACUCUCUGCCACCAUAAUGUCUGAAUAUGCUAAUAAGAAGACUCGUGGUGCCUUCGUUGCUGCAGUCUUUGCCAUGCAGGGCUUUGGAAUUUUAGCUGGAGGGUUGUUUGCAAUGCUUAUGUCUGCCAUAUUUGAGGCCAAGUUCAAGGCUCCAGCUUAUGAAGUUGAUCCAACUGGUUCAACUGUCCCACAAGCAGACUACCUUUGGAGAAUCAUUUUAAUGGUUGGAGCACUUCCAGCAGCUCUAACCUAUUAUUCGCGGUCGAAGAUGCCUGAAACUGCUCGUUACACAGCGCUUGUUGCCAAUAACGUCAAACAGGCUACUUCAGAUAUGUCAAAAGUUUUGCAGGUUGACAUUGAAGCUGAACCGGUCAAGCCCCAGGAACCUGUUAAAUCCUUUGGUUUGUUCUCUAAGGACUUUAUGCGCCGCCAUGGACUUCACUUGCUUGGAACCACAAGUACAUGGUUCUUGCUUGACAUUGCAUUUUAUAGUCAAAAUCUGUUUCAGAAGGACAUCUUUAGUGCCAUUGGGUGGAUUCCUAGUGCAAAGACUAUGAAUGCCGUUUCAGAGGUUUAUAGAAUAGCAAGGGCACAGACUCUUAUUGCUCUAUGCAGCACUGUGCCUGGUUACUGGUUCACUGUGGCCUUGAUUGAUAAAAUUGGAAGAUUUGCAAUCCAGUUGAUGGGAUUUUUCUUCAUGACAGUGUUCAUGUUUGCCUUGGCCUUUCCUUACAAUUAUUGGACACACAAGGAUCACUUGAUUGGGUUUGUGGUACUCUACUCACUGACUUUCUUCUUUGCAAAUUUUGGACCAAAUGCCACCACAUUCGUGGUGCCGGCUGAGAUUUUCCCGGCUAGACUACGUUCUACAUGCCACGGCAUAUCUGCAGCAGCAGGAAAGUUAGGGGCAAUGGUGGGUGCGUUUGGCUUUUUGUACUUGGCUCAACCGCAGGACAAGACUAAGGCAGAAGCGGGGUUCCCUGCUGGUAUAGGGGUCAAGAAUUCACUCAUUGUGUUGGGUGUGGUCAACUUCUUGGGUUUGUUAUUUACAUUCUUUGUGCCUGAAUCAAAAGGAAAAUCUUUGGAGGAAAUUUCAGGUGAGACCAAUGAAGAGCGCAAUUAA